UUUCUUAAAGAUGCUUCUAACGGGAGAGGAAGGGGGAUUAAGAAACGGGGAUAAAGUGGAGCGAGAGACAAGGCAGAGAGGGGCCGUUGGAGAAGCAUCGGGCCGCUGUUGUUGUUGGUGAAGAGGGAGGAGAAGCUUCGAUCUGUCUGUCCCUUUGCAUCGCUUCGAUGGAAUCGGAUUGAGGACCGGAAUCGAGAAACCGAGCGAGAAUCUUCGUUUCUUGUGGUCGGCGUUGGAUUCGAGAAAGCGUCUUUGGCUUGGGUCAUCCAUAGUGCGAGACGAGGUUUGAACGAAGAAGAUCUAGCCGUCUGAUCAUGGAUGAAUCAAAGGACAGGGAGGGAUAGCGAGGUUUGAUGCGUGGAAGAAGCAUGGCUAAUCGGUCCUCGCCCGCAGCGCGACAGCAGCCAAUGGGCCCUUCUUCUCCAGCCGGUACCUUUUUCAAAUGAUUACGGUGAUUGCAGUUUGGGAGAUGGAGUGGAUGGUAGUGUGCCUAUGGAUAGGCGGAAGAAGGAAAUGGUUAGUGCUUCCAGGUGGAAAGCAAGCAAUAAGGAUGCCUCUGGCGACACAGGCAGCAGUGAGUCUGAAGAAGUGGGUCUAGGUUCUUUCCAACCAAUGCUUAAUCCCAUUUCUAUCACUAGUCUACCUAGUAGACAGAAAGAAAGGCUGCGUGGAAAGGUUGCUGAGGAGAAUGAUGCUGUUGAUCUUGCCCUUGUUCCAAGGAAACUGAGAUCGGCUAUGAAUAAACGCAGCAGAGGGCCCUUAUCUCUCACGAUACCAAAUGCUAAGAAGAAACACUAUCGAACUUCUAAUAGACUUCAGGGGUUACCAAACAGUGGCGGAAGGGAAGGGAAGCAGAAUGGGCUGCUUGAAGCAUUUACAAAGGAUGAAGAGCUUGUUAUUGAGGCUUUGUAUGAACUAUCCAGAAUGCUACCGAUAGGUGAGCAAAUUGCAUAUAAGGAAGACAGUAAAGCACUGGAUAGACACCAGGUUUACUUGGCUAAUUGUUCAAAAGGUUCGAAAGUGGAUAAAAAUCUUUUGCAUCAAUCCCUGCCCAAUGAAAAUACCUCUUCUUGCAUGGAGAAACCAUUAGAAGAUGCAAAAAAUGAAGUGCAUGCUCCUGAGCAGUCCAUGGAAGUUGGCCAAAGAGAAACUGUUGAUUCUGAUUUGAAUAUAACUCCUGAACUCAUUUUGACUGAAAAUGAACCCCCAGAAAAUACUCCUUCCACAGCAUUUAUGAAAUUUUCCAGCCAUCCAGGAGCCCUACUUCGUUGCUGUACUGAAGAUAGGGAUCGAGUAAUACAACCGGGUCAGGCUGAUGCUACUGAAACCCACUCUUCAUGCAAAUAUGAAGUGCAGCAAAAUGGAUGUGUCAAAUCUACUACCCUGAGAAAUGAAGUUCAGCAAGUUGAGUGUGACAAUGGAAGUAUUGUAAAGUGUGCGCAUGAUGUAGCAACUCCAUCAAACAUCCAGCAAUCAAGCAAUUCUACUGUCUGGCCUGGUCCUGUGAGUAGUAUCACUGGACUUUCUUCUAGAGUAAUUGAACUUCCAACUGAGAAGGUUCCUCUUACUGCAAUGUCGACGUGGAAGAAGUGUGCCAUUCAUGUAUUCAUAGGACAUAAUAUCAAAUGCUAUCAGGAUAAGGAGAGACAGAGGAAACUUUUGUUGACUUGUGAUGAAUCUAAGCAAAGUGAGGAUACAAAAUCAUGUGGACCAGCAAACAAUGUGAGAGUUAGCUCACAAAGCGGAUUGAGUGGCAGGGCUUCUGCUUCUAUUUCUGUACUGGAGAGGAAUAAGAACGAAGAAAGAAAUGGAAUUUUCUGUAAUAGUAGCUUGAUGCAAACCCACCAAUAUUCUGGCCUAGUAGAUGCCAAGCAAAAACAGGCCUACGACUUUCUCUCAUUGUCAGCCGGUGGUGAUACUGUAAGUCCUGUCGAUGGAGCCAAGUCUGCCGCUCAGCUUCAUUCCCCCUAUUUGCAUACCCAUCCACAUCAUUCCCUUGUGCCAUUUCCUUUCCCUAAUUUUCCCUAUCCUCUACCUUACUCAGAAAAGCUAGUACCUGUAGCCGCUCAACAGGUGCAACUACAAGUACCGCAUUUUAUCGGAAAUCAAUUCUAUAGACACCAAAUAGACAACACCAUCAGCAAUAUACAGCUACAACAAUACCAGCAGCAACAGCUCUGGCAAGCUCAUUAUGCUAACUACUGCCCUCCUGCAGCUAUCGGAGUGCCACAGAAUGAGCGGAUACAUGACUCCUCUGCUCCUCCUGUCCAAAGUGCUCGGACUUCAGUUCUCUCUCCUCCCCUUUCUGUACAGAUGCAAGGCGGAUCCUAUCACCCAAUUUUGGUUCGUCAACAUCGGCAACUUAUUGCUAAUGCUUCCUCAUCACCCGCAAAUGUAAAGUCUCACAAGAACUAGCAACUGGGAACCCAGCUGAGGAUUUACACCAUCGCUUGGCAGAAAAUUUGAAUGAACAGGCUAGUGUUGCUGCAGUCGACGGACUCCAGGAAAAAGAAAAGACCAUAAUGCUCAUCGAAACCGUAAAGAGUUUUCGGUGCCGUAAAUGCUUCAUCUGCACCAACGCCGGGAAGAACACCAACGGUUCGCAGUUCUUCAUCUGCACCGAAAAGACUGCGUGGCUCGACGGCAAGCACGUGGUUUUCGGCCGCAUCGUGGAGGGGAUGGACGUGGUGAAGGCGGUUGAGGCGGUCGGUUCCCAGAGCGGCUCCACCAAGAAGCCCGUCGUCAUCGCCGACUGCGGUCAGCUCUGAUAGAUGAACGGCAUCGUCGUCUUCGCUCUCUACCACAACUAGCAGUAUCGUACUCUUCCGUUUUCGUCGUGCUUUAAUUUUUGUUGAGUUAAAAUUGCUAUAGUUUUAGAUAAAAAAUGAGGGAAGAUGUUAUGAUUUUUUUUUUUAAAUUAGAAUGCUAAAAAUUCAUCAAA